CGAGUUAAAGAUGAGUGUACUUUACUCUAAAAAACCCAGCCCACAGCAUCAAGUCAUCAUACAAUAGCUUGCCACUUCCGGCUUCACCUACUUGGCAGACCCCCUCGCCCUUCCCGUGCCCGUCGCCUUCUCGGCUCCUCCGCUCCUCCCCAAAUCGAGCGUCCCGUAGUGCGUAUUGAGCCCUCCCGACCCAACUACCGAUCACGACCGCCGGAGACACCCGCCUUGUGGGCCGGCAGGAGCUGGAGACAUGGGCUGCUGCUUCAGCAAGAAGCGCCCAGACGGCUCCGCUGUCUUCCCUCCUCGCUGCAAGCCGGAGGACCGCGACCCGCCGCCCCCGCCGUCGCCGGAGGAGGAGAAGGUCAAGGAGGUGCUCUCGGAGACACCGAACACAAAGGUAACCGUCGAGCCUAAUAAGCCUGCCGCCAUUGUCGUGGCUGUGGAGGAGCAACGAGUGUUGAAGGUCGUGAAGGCCAGUGCCGAUGCCACCACCACCGCGAGCGAUCUGGGGAGCUGCAUGUCGCUGGCAACCGACGAGAGGUCCGAGGCGGCGUCCGAGUCGUCGGUCGCGACGAGCUCGGUGGCGGGGCCGGAGCGGUCGCCGCGGAAGCCGGCGACCAGAAAGCGGCCGGUCUCCGGCGAGCUGGGGGUUGGCCGCCGGGACCGCGCCGCCGCCGCCGCCUACGGUGUCCGGUCCCGCAGCUGCCGGGCCUCGCCCUCCCCUCCUCCGCGCCGGGAGCCACGAGAUCGCUCCGUGCGGAGGUCGCCGUCACCGGCGGCGAAGCGGCCGCCACAGGAGCAGAACGGGGCCGCGGGGCCCGCCCCGUUCCUGCAGCGGAAGCCGCCGGUGCCUAGUAGGUCGUGCAGCCGCGCCUCGCCGCGGCGGGCGCGGGAGGCUCCUCCCCCGCCGCCUCAGCCGGGAGAGGAACGCGAGGACGGCGCUAUGGACGCGAAUGCCAGUCAUGGCGAUGGCCAAGGCGAGGGCGACGGCGACGGAAAAGAAUCGUUGGCGAACCCGCUGGUGUCCAUGGAAUGCUUCAUCUUUCUCUAGAAGUCUCUAAUUGUGCUUGUUCUGAUCUGCUGUCCGGCUAUUUUCCUUUGGUCGUCUAGACUAAUCCUGCUUAGGUUCUGUGUGCUAAUUAAGUUGGGCGCAGUAAAAAGGUUAGAAGGUUUGCGGUGGUGUCACGGCGCCGGCGCCGUCUUCCGAUGAAAUGCGGGUUGCUUUUGGCUUUUGCGUAAGGUGGGGGCGUACGUCUAGGUGGAAUUGGACAGAGCUGGAAUGUAUUUUGCAGAGCUGUUUCUCAUAACAGUUUAACUAAAUCCUCAAUCCUUCUGAUCUCGUUUUGGUAUCAAAUGUUCGGCAUUCAUGAUUCCAUCUUUCACUUGCCGGAACCUUUCAUUCAA